UAAUAAUCCCUACAACCUGUUGAUCCUACUGUAGACCAUGGCCCCUGAAUCUUCGGUUCUCCGCAUCAUUGCCUUGGUGUUCGUCUUCUUGCCUCUCACCGAUUCCAUUAACUUCAAACUUCCGGCCAUUUUUAACUUCGGUGAUUCUAAUUCUGAUACCGGUGAGCUAGUAGGUGCUGGCAUCGCUAGCCUCAAACCGCCUUACGGUCGAAGUUACUUCCGAACACCAGCAGGGAGAUACUGUGAUGGCCGUCUCAUCAUUGAUUUUCUCAUGGAUGCAAUGGAUCUGCCGUUUCUAAACGCUUACCUGGAUUCGAUCAGCACGCCGAGUUUCCAUAAAGGUUGCAACUUCGCCGCUGCAGGGUCAACUAUUGAACCGCCUACUGCACAAGCUGUUAGUCCAUUUUCUUUUCGAGUUCAAGUGGCUCAGUUUGUCAGGUUCAAAGCCCGGGUUCUCAGAUUGCUGGCUAAAGGUGAAAAACUUGACAAGUAUCUUCCAGCCGAAGAUUAUUUCUGGAAUGGCCUUUAAUUGUUCGAUAUAGGCCAAAACGACCUAGCGGGUGCAUUUUAUUCCAAAAUUUUUGAUCAAAUACUUGCCUUAAUUCCUUUGAUCUUGACAGAAUUUGAAACUGGAAUAAAGAUACUAUAUGAACAAGGGGCUAGGAAUUUCUGGGUACAUAACACGGGACCUCUCGGAUGCUUAGCUCAAAAUAUCGCUAAAUUCGGAACCAAUCAAUCAAGCCUCAACGAACUAGGAUGUGUCAGCAAGCAUAACCAAGCUGCUAAAGCCUUCAAUCUGCAUUUUCAUGCCCUCUGUAAGAAAUUGCAGAGCCGGUAUACAGAUUCAAACUUUACUUAUGUUGACAUUUACACAAUACAAUCCAACCUUAUAGCGAAUUAUUCUAAAUUCGGAUUCGAGCAGCCGAUAAUGGUUUGCUGUGGAUACGGAGGUCCACCGUUGAAUUACGACAGCCAGAUUGGUUGCGGGAAAACAAAAGUCUUGAAUGGAACCACAAUGACAGCCAAAGCAUGUGAUGAUAGAUCUGAAUAUGUUAACUGGGAUGGAAUUCAUUAUUCGGAGGCUGCAAACCAAUAUGUUUCAUCAGAAAUACUCACAGGAAAGUACUCGGAUCCACCCUUUUCCGACAAAAUGCCGUUCCUUCUAGAUCUAAAGUUCUGA